AUGAAUAAAUCAUCGAAAGAAUUAGAUUUAUCAUCAGUUAUAACUCAAGUACCACAUGAUGAUGAUAAUAAUAAUCGAGCAACAUCAUUACCAACUACUAUUGUUACAAAUGCUAAUUCUGGAGCAACAAAUAGUACUAAAAAACGUUCUAGCCGAAAACAACGUGUUAUAUCUUUAUUAUUAUGUUGUUUGGGUGGUUCUUGUCGACACCGACCAGCAAGAGCAAAUUACUCAUCAUCAUCAGCCGAUACUCCUGCAGAUGAGUCGAAUGAAAAAUCUUUAUUACCAAUAUUACGUGAUAAUUUACGAGGAAAAAUAUGUUUAGUUAUUGAUCUUGAUGAAACCCUUGUUCAUUCGGUAUUUCGACCUGUACCUAAUGCAGAUUUUAUUGUUCCUGUUGAAAUUGAUGGACAAGUACAUCAAAUUUAUGUUACGAAACGACCGUAUGUUGAUGAAUUUUUACGUCGCGUUGGUGAAUUAUAUGAAUGUGUUUUAUUUACAGCUAGUUUAGCUAAAUAUGCCGAUCCUGUAGCUGAUUUACUUGAUCCAAAUCGUAUAUUUCAUUCGAGACUCUUUCGUGAAUCUUGUACAUAUUAUAAUGGAAAUUAUAUAAAAGAUCUUAGUCGAUUAGGUCGAGAUAUACGAAAAGUAAUCAUUAUUGAUAAUUCACCAUUAUCCUAUUUAUUUCAUCAAGAUAAUGCUGUUCCUGUCACCAGUUGGUUUGAUGAUAUGCGCGAUACUGAAUUACUCUCACUUAUCCCAAUAUUUGAACGCCUUGCAACAGUCGAUGAUGUAGUACCUGCAUUACAAGAUAUUCAUCAUCGACGUGCAGUAGUUUAG